GUGUGCCAGUCGCUGUAUUCGUGGUUUUUGAGCUUGAGCAUGGCCUCGACGAGCGCGUUGGAGGCGCGGCAGGCCGACGCGUACUGGAAGCGCCAGCAUGCGCAGUUCUCAUCCUUCCGCGGCGCCGUCGCCUUACUAGUGAGCAUGGCCCUUCUCUACCUCCUCGGCGCCCUCGGCGCGCGCUCCGUGCCCGUCGUCCUCUUCGUCUUGCUGCCAGGCUACCUCAUGGCGCUCAUCUGCUUGGCCAUCUCUGGCCGCAGCGCGUACUUUGCUCUCCAGCGCCUCUCGACACUUGUGCUGGAAGCGACGCAAUCGUCGCCGGCCGGGGCCAAGAAGGACACAUCGUCACCGGCGGCCGAUGGCCUGCGCCAACGCAAAGGCUUUAUGGCGCCCGAGGGCCUCGCGCUGCCGACGACCGAGACCAAGGCGCCUGGCAUCGUCUAUGGCACGCACAUUGUAAAGACCUCGACGCCAGCGACCAUCUCGACGAACGCCGAGCUUCGCGCGUUCCAAACGCCUGCGUCGAGCGCCGACCUGGUGGAAGAAGCGCACUUGAACUUUGGUUUUGGCAUGGAAAUGUCGUCGGCGAUCAACCCCAACGGCCUCUACUCGCAGGCGUAUGCAGUUAUGAAGCCGACGAUGAAGCCGCCGGUGCGUAAGGAGCUCGAGUCAGCGCUUUCGAGUGCACCGCACAUGGAGAAGGCGCUUGAAGUGCUCGCCGAGUGCCGGCUCAAGCCGCGGCAGAUGGGCGACAUCUGCGACCGCCUCCGCCAAGUCCUCGCCCAGCACCUCCAGGACGUCCUCGUGAGCUUUCUCCAGAACGUCGACGAGCUCGUGGCGUGUGGCUUGCGCCGCGAGAUGCUCUUGUGCGAGAUUACCGUCCAGCCGCUCCUGAGCGUCGUCAUGCCGGGCGCGACCGAGCCGACAACAUUCCACCAGAUUGCGCUCCACGACCUCCUCAACGCCUGUCGCGCCGACCCGCUCUUCGUCUCCAAGACCCGGCCGAACGUCCACUUGUUGCGCGAAUACGAAACGUUUAUGAAGUACUUUGACGUCAAGGAAGAGUACAGCAAGGCGUACUGCAUCCAGCGGCUCCGGACGCUCGCAGAAGAUGGAUUUCUGGGCCAGUACCGUUGGGACAGCGGCGGUGCCUGGAAGGGCAAGGCGUGGACCAAGGAGGCCAACUUGCCGACAGACGCGGAGCUCAUCAUGAACCUCUUCUGCGCCAUGCUGGAUGAUGUCUUGCCGGCGGUCUCGGACAAUGACCGUCCGUUCCGUCGCGCACACUAUGCACCCGUGCCGCCGACCAAGUCGGCGAGCAUCCGCGGCAUGUUUCUCAUCUACUACAGCCAGCCGUCGCCGCCCAAUUUCAAGGUCAUUGCCAACGGCCAAGUGCGCGAGAUCCUCCCGGGUAAAACCAAUGUGUUUCAGAGCAUUGUGUUGUUUCUGCGUGCGAUUCGGCAGUUCAAGUCGGGCCACCUCGGCAACAUCAAUUUGCACAUUUUGCUCGAAGAAAUCUUUGAAUCGUAACUUGAAUCUUAGUAGUUUGCAC